AUGCCUUCCGCUAAACACAGCCCCAAGCCUUCAGAGGCCUCUUCAGACGAUCUCUCUUCCACUGCCUCUGCCUCUGCCUCCGCCUCUGCCUCCGCCUCCGCCUCCCGCUCCCCCUCCCCUGCUCCCACCAGCACCACCACAACCACAACAGGAAGCGAAACGCACACCUGUCCGUACGACGACUGCAAAAAGUCCUUCUCCAAGAAAUAUAACCUGAAAGCACAUCUCCGCCUCCACACAGGGGAGCAGCCUUUCCAAUGUGAGCGUCCGGACUGCAGGAAGAAGUUCAAGUGGAGAUCGUCUCUCUCGAGCCAUUCUAUCUGGCACACUAGGAAGGACCAUGGCUCCAUCUCUUCUCCGGGAGACUCGAAAGCCGCAGACGCCUCCAAGAAGGACCUCGUGCCCAAAUCCCCCUCCUCACCCACUGUAGCGGGGGUGGCAAAGUCCACAUCGCCAGCUAAGGCUAAGUCCCACGACGCCAAGCAAGGCAAGUCCGUUGUCCCUGCGUCUUCAACAAACACUUGCGCUCAAACUAAAACAGAGCCAGCGACUGUCGCAGCUGCAUCUUCGAUCAACAAGAAGAAGCGUCCCCGCAACUCAUCCUCUCGCAAGGGGAAGACUCCUGCUUCCACAGUGCAGUCAAGCUCCUCAACAGACGUCUCUUCCGAUACCGUCCCCAGCCUGACCGAGUUUUGCUUCUCAACUGACACGGCCGCGGACAGCAAGACAACGACUGCGAAGACCACGAAGCGAAAGACAUCUCGUCCCGCAUCUAAGAAGCGCCGAACAAUCGACAACAAGGAUGUGAAGGAUGAGACAAAAAUGAUGGAAGCUUCGUCACCGCCGGCAGUGGAUGCGGACUUAGACAUCUUCUCGUCGCCCGGAUCGCCCGUGACGAGCGAAAGCGAGUUGUCGGAACGUUCGCUAGGGAUGGACUUGUUCUCCUGUGAUGUGUUCCCCUCACUGAUGGGCAGCGAGGGGGAACCGCUUCCGUUGGGCACAGAGGACGUGGAAGCGUUGCUAAGCGGAGGAGGGGAUGACGGUAUGUUUGGGUACGUGUCACCGUCGUGUGCGACGCUCGGCGGUUUGGACACAAGGUUCGGGACUUUCGACCUGGACAGUUUCCCUAACUUUUGUAUGGGCAAGGUGGAUCAACUCUAACUAGACUUGUAGCUGGAUGGGAGACGGACGGAUGACCUAGGCAUAGUGCUUCGGCAUGCGUCUCGCUAGACUUGUUGAGAUGAUAACAUGGAAGAUGUUUCCGGUACAACUCAUGAAAUUACAUGGCAUCUAUCGCAGGGGAAGUUAGAUAGUGUAGAAGAGCCUAGCUGCAAUAACAAACAGUAGCUACACUAAAUACAUGCAUUUUUAACUAUGUGAA